CUACAGUUCUACGAAAUAAACAUUAAAUAAGAAUUACAUGCAAAACUAAAAUACACUUGCUUGUUAAGUCAAUAUAAAAUAGACAGCAAAAUGUACCUUUACAGCUGGGGCACCAGCAGCGAAGAGAUAAAUAGCUCUCGUGCAAACACGCACACCUGGAUUCCUCCAGUCCGCAACCACCCGAAGACCCACAAAUUGAGCCCGCAGAACAAGCUGCAUCUCCGCCUGAGCAUGCUGCCUUCUUGUCAGGCGACCAAGUGGGGUCAACGCAGUUUCAUAGAACUAGAAAUUAAGCUACCUUAAUUUACAAUGCAGAACAAAUUACUGUUUCUACAAUAAAUUUUAAGCAGCACCACUGGAGGCGGCAAGUGAAACAGAAAACAAGGAAAAGGAAGAUGCGAUUGUGCAAAUAUGCUAGCUGUCGCUGCUUCUACCUUUUUCUGAAAACGACAAUUUUUGAUGCAGGCCCAUCAUUAUUGGUCACGGCAGAAUAAAACAAUAUUUAAAAAAAAGGCGAGAAGGCACAUUUGGAGUGCGAAUAAGAAGGAAAUUGAGAUCACGAAGUCAUUGACGAAUCAGUAUCAAAAAUGUCAGCCGAUGGCCAGUGUUUAUUCAGACUACGUCCUUGCUUUCUUAUUCUGCAUUCUACUUGCGUGUACUGUACGUCGCUAUCAGCAUGUGAGAAAAAUUGUCGAAACAUCGCCUAAAAAUAUGCAGUGCACUGUGGUGUCACGGUCACAUUAAUUUCAAGGGAAUACAAAACAGGUAUGUUUUAUGUAGACAUUGCUAAAGAUUGCCCGAGAUCAAGGUAUUGUAGCAGCACGUGAUUGUAGCGGUACGUUUACUUACUAAAAUGCGGCGCAAGUAGCGGAGCUAUUCAACCAGUGCAAGUAUCUGAAUUAUUUCCAAAGCGUCAGCUCUAACCGGUCUGGAAACAAGGUCUAUUAUUGCGGUUUACUUGCACGCAAAAAUUAUAGUUCGCAAGUGCAUUUCCACAAAAACAAUUAACGAACUGAAUGCCUGCGUAACUGCCAGUGUAAAAGAAAAAGUCACAGGUCUGCGCGGCACACGCAGCACAGUCACAGCUAAGCUGGAGGAGCACCUCCAUAGGAGCUCCAUUUUCGGCAGCACGCACUAGAGGGUUCGCACCUUGCAUGCGAGGCGGCGCCAUAAUGUGUAUCGAAGAGCAAACACAGGCAUCGAGACUACGUGGCGCACACGUCACAUCCCUUGACCCGUGGCACAAGACCAUGAUGAUGAUGCUGCUGCUGAUGAUGAUGAUACUUUAUUGGCAUCCCCUUUGCAACGAGGCGGUGAGAGAGAGAGAAUAAACUUUCUGCGAAAGAGCACGCGAGCGUAGGGCGUUCCUCCGCUGGUCCCCUCAGUCCAGGAGUCCAGCGGCCUUAGCUGCCCUUCUCUCUCGGUUGACCAGGUUGAGCUGGUCCGUCGAGUCGGAGCUGGACAGCGCUGCCUCCCACUGCCGUGUGUUAUCGGUGUGAGCUGUGGUGUGCUUGCGCAAGCCCGCACCAUGUGAUAAAGCGUUGUGCAUUGAUCGCAGGGUUGGCAUUUAUAGCAACACAACGCAGGGUAUAUGGCGUGGUAGAGACAAGUGUGGAUAUGUGUUUGUUUGGAGUUUCCACCAAAUUACGGCUUCCUCUCGCGUCAGAUCAUUAUCAGGCGAUGGGAGCGUUCUUCGUGAAAGCCGAUAGUGUUGUAGGAUGUGCGUGUAGGUUAAUGGUAUUAGCGAGGUGGAACUGCUCGGCGCGUCCCUCUCGCGGCUCCCGGUGUACACGCGCUCGGCGAAGGCGUGAGCCUGCUGACUACCGCGUAAGGGCUCAUGCCCCGGAGUCCACACGAUUUUAUGUAUGGCGGGAGCUGGUGCGCCCCAAUCAGAAUGCGAUGUUGGGCCCUGGAAAUUUUGGCCCUGGAAAAAUUUCGGCAUGCUGUCUGAGAGUCCUUCAGAAUUAUGACGCACUCCCAGUGCGGUCUCGUCAUGAUGGCUAACACUAUUGCUAGUUUCUCUGCCUCCGCAGCGCUUGCUGUGGAAACGGACGAUGCAUUUAUUCACCUAUCCUGCUUGAGUUGGCCAGGUACAGCUAUAGGCAACUGUUACGUGCAACUGCUACGUGAACUGCUACGUGCAACUGCUACAUAUCGACGCUACGCUGCGCACAUCUCGCAUCGCGUGACAGGCGGCACGAUGCGAUGUAAAUGAUGACGAUAACGAUAAUGAUGAUAAUUCUAUAUUGGCAUCACCCUUGAAACGGGGCGGUGCUAGCUGUUAACCAGCUUGCUUGAUUUAAUCAGUUAUGCCAUACAUGCUUUCCAUCCUAGGAUUUUUUUACACUUUUCCUUAAUCUUUUUCUUUAAGAGAUGCGCGCGUGGGUAACGUCAAGCCUGUGUGCAGCCAGAGAACGUACGUUGAGACAGCACGUGGAAAAUCGGUGGGGCUCAUCGAGCAGUGCAAAGAAACGUUGCAUGAUUGUGUCAAGGUGAUGUUGUUUGAGUCUGCGGAAUCCGUCACGCAGUGAUCGGUGAGGGUUUACGGCGGCGUGGUAAAAAAAAGUCGUCUUCAGCGUUGUUGAUAUAAAGGACAUCAAGUGAAGUGGCUCGACUCGUGCGGGUCUUCGCGGCGAAGCUGCCGGGCCGCAUUUUCGGCUGACCGCACGUGAGGUUGCUCGCGUAGAAGCUGUUUCGUCUGAUUUUCGGCAACACGCACUAGAGGCUCUUGGCGGCGAAGUCUUUUUACGUCCUUUUCUCGAGAACGAACUAAAGCGGCCGCGCGGUGUCGACGGCGACCUGCGGCUUGUGCUGCUUUCUGCACAGUGGUCUGCCAAGCCCGACGUUGUCUGGUUGCAGCCGCGCGCGUAGCUCUACGAGUCACCUCUUCAGCAGCGGUUCGUACCUUGCGAGGAGGCGCCAUAAUGCGCCGCGAAGAGGUAAUACAGGUAACGAGACUAUGCGGUGAACAUGUCACAUCCCUUGAUACGUGUCACGGCAUCAUGCAAGUGGAAACUUGAGUGUCCAAAGCACUCAGUCCACAGGAACAGUUGCAAGAACCGACUGUUUAAUACCGCGCGCUAGUCACGUCUUCUUGUUCGCUAUGCUUCUUCUAAGUGGCGAUAUCAAUGUCCUUGCCACACUACAGACGCGGCAUUUUCCUACCUUUCAAGGAAGCGUGUACAUGCAUGAAACUUUAAAAUGCGAAUGGAUUGGAUAAGUAUGGCUUUAUACGCAACACAAUAUAUAACUGCGAUGCAAAGGGAGCACGUAUCGACGCUACGCGGAGCGGCUGUGACUUCGCGUGACUACACGCGCGGAAGGCGAUAGCUGCGACGGACAUCGGCGGCGGCGGCGGCUGUUGCGAUCGACAUUGGCAUCCCUUCUCGACGAUUAACGAUUCACCGGCGAACGUGAAGUUAUGAAAGGCCCUUCACGCUGCAUCGUCGCUUUCUCGGGGCCUUUCUUUAGCUGGCUACUAAAUCUGCGUAACCAAAGCUGACGGGCGAGACGAGCGCCUGCCUGGAGUAGAUGGUACCUGACAUCGACUGGGACACGCAAACAAAAGAGCCCGCCAGGGGUGAAACAGCCGCCGUCCUUCGCGGAAGCAACAACCAUACCGUGAAUACCACGCUACCGGAGCCUGACCCUGUCAAGCGGACCAUCACGAAUGACCCACAUAUUGAUCAAAGUGACCAACGCCGACGACUUCCGUGGGAACAUCUUCGACGUCAAGUUCACAGCUCGCCACGUCGUCUCGUAUGUGGGGGCGAACGUGCGACACUGGAGGCUGAGCCCGGCAGGACGACGUGACAUCAUGGGCGGGAUUUUACGAAUACUUCAAAGAUUGUGGUUGACCGAGAAGAACAGUGAAUUUCCCAGCCGAGGAAAAGGGGAAAAAGAAGUGCAUAAGAAGUGUAUCUGGAGUGUUGGAAUGUGCUCCGACUCGCACCAGUGCCCCUAAUCGUACUGGUGCUCUGACGUGUACAUGUGCUCCUACUCAUGUUCGUACUAGUACUAGAACUCGUGCUAGCACAUGUAACCUCUCAUCAUGUAACUUUGUAAAUAAACCCCUUUUCUCAUCUCUUCUACGUCGCCCCGGACCUCUCGAUCGCCCGGCACCUGGCACGUCACCAGCCCCGGAACCGUAAUGGCCGGUCGGAGACCGAGUCACAACAACCGUAUGACAGCGAUGGGAUACGCUACCCUGAGUCCCGCCAUCGCCAAACGAAACGGUUAUUGGAAUGAGCCCGUAACAGCUUACGCUGUAAGAAAGGCACAAGCUCAACUGCACAGCUACUAAAAAGUACAGAAUUAUAUGUUGUGCAUGCACACAAAGGAAGAAAAAAGUGAAAAGAAAGCUGUCGCACCCACCCACACAUAUUGAAAUAUGCGCAGAUAUUUAUAAAGAAAUUUAAAUUCCAACAACCAAGGGAAUGAGCUAGUCGCUGCCACCAUGUCGGCCAAAAAUCCAGAAACGGCGGAGGAAGUGGCCAUCGUUCUCGGCGUCGCCACAUCCAAGGAACAGCCGUCACAUUGAGCGACUCGCAAACCACGUGUAGAAACCUACGAAAAGGCCGUAUCUCUAUCGCAGCGGGGAAGAUUCUAGAAGAAAUAAGACGAGAACUCCUCGAUACGUACGUCGCAUGGGCCCUAUGCCACGAACACCUGGCAGGAAACGAAGCAGCACAUGGUGUCGGCCGAGGGAAUACCAGCCGGGAUUUCCUGCCGCACGGUCUCCGGAAAGCGACGAGGGCGGAGGGCAUCCUCAUCAACUGCGCCGCAUUAUUGCAAUACUACCGAAUGUAAGGAAGAGGAAAUCCACUACCACCGCCAAAAUUAAGCAAAAAAGAAGCCACCGCCCUCCGCAGACCACAAACGAAUAUAUAUGUCCAUGGAAUUGUCGUGCACCGGAUGCACCCCACACAAUUCUGAUACCUAUGCCGAUUCUGUGGUGUACCGGACACCCUCCAACACAUGGUGUUGGUGUGCCGACGCCACGAGAAAAAAAACAUUCAAGAUGAAGGUACGGAAUCGCUACGAGCUAUCGAAGAAACGCUGGAGGCAAUGUUAACGGCACCAAGCAUCAGCGAAGUCCGGUGAACCGGGUACGGGCCGCAGCAGUAGCCAACGGCCUUCUGCACUGAGAGAGCCGCCCACCUUGCACGAAAAAGAAAAGUUACUUUCUCGCUGUUUCAGAUAAUAAGCGUGUAUUCCUCCUCGAAGGUUUAGGUGCGAAAACCACGAUAUGAUUAUGAGGCACGCCGCAGAGGAGGGCUCCGGAUUAAUCUCGCCCUCCAGAGAUUCGUUAGCGUGCACCUAAUGCACGGGCGUUUUCGCAUAUCGGCCCCCGUAAUGCCGCGGCCGCUAUUUGAUCCCGCGACCUCCUGCUUAGCCGCGCAACAUCAUAGCCACUAAGCCACCACGGCGGGUUGUGCAGAUAUAUCUAUUCGUUCUUGUACCUCGCCCCACAUGUGUACAAUCUGCGUACUGAGGCUGAUCACAUUGUGGUUCGUUCCUAUUUGUUAUUAACUGCGGGUGUACGUGAAAUAUUUCAAAGAGAUACAGGCAGCUGCUGUUGAGAUAAUGGACAUGUGAGAACUCCUUGCCCACAUAGGGUUCGUGCCCUGCGUCAAUUAUCUUUUCUGCUAUGACGGCGGACACACUCUCCUUUCACUGGCGUGCGGAGAGCGAAUGUUAUCGGCCUUUCCUAGUGUUCACCACUUCAGGUUAGUUUGAUGAAAACACGCAAGCAAGCCCAUUCUCAGCACCUGGGAGCCUUUCAGGUAUAAUGCACACUCCACACGUAAUCUAGGACUGUGACCCGUUGCCCUUUUCCUUCGCCCAAAACUUCCACCUGAGUCUACCCCCAACGCCAGCAUGACUGACUCAAGUCACCACACCUGGCGGAAUUUCUUGAGUCGGCUUUUAUGACAUUCGCUGGUCCACACCAGGGCGUCCUUUAUCUCUGCACUGAGGGUGUCUGGGAACCCAACCACUUCAUAAAAAUAUUUCCUAUCUCUCUCUCUCGUCUCGCUUUUGGUAUAAGACGAAUAUCAGAAAGGUAUAAAAAGUGCAAGUGCCAUCCUCGUGCGUUCCUCAAUUGACAUUUUUGCGCUUUUAUUCUUUGAUCAUUUGGGAAGCGGGAAAGUUUGAGGCACCAGUUCACAAAUCCAGAACGAGCAUUUACCACCUUGCCUUACACGUUUUUAUAUUAGCAAAAAAUGCGUGGUGAAAAUUUAGAUGAUGCGACUGUCUUCACAAAUAAAGAAGACGCGUGAAAUCACGCGCGUUCGUGCCGUGCCCUGGACGCGCAAGGCGAAAGAAGAAAAUAAAGAUUCGCUCUUCGAGGUCCGCCUCGCUGGGAACGCGCCCGCAGCCUUUCUUCGGAAGCGUCGCCGAGGGGCCGGGUGCGCAGAGAUGGCGGACAAGAAUGGCGCAGUGCGUCGCUACGUGCGCACGGGCUGCGGCCCGGGUCUGGCCGUGGCGGCGCUGGUCACCACCGUGCUGGCCGCCUGGUUCCGCCUGGCACCUCGCGCUGCCGGCCGGCAGCUGGACGCCGACGCCGGCCUGCCCGCCUGGUGGCCGGGGGCCGCCGAACUGGCCGUCGUGCGCAGGCCCGGCCCCCUGGCGCACACGUCGGUGCUCCGCGAGGACACGCUGGCGUUCCUCCGCGCGCGGCACCGGACGUCGGCGCAGGUCGGCAACAGCCGCCUGCCCCGCGCCCUGUUGCCCGAGCACUACGACAUCGAGAUGCGGCCUCGCUUCGCGGCCGAGGAGCUGCCUACGACGGAAGGCUCGGCGGGCGCGGACGACGACACCUUCACGGCCACCGUGGCCGUGCGUGUACGAUGCGUGCAGAACACCAGCACUGUGGUCAUGCACACCGGCAAGUUCAACUACACCGCGGCCUCGGCUGGCGCCGGACCAGCAGUGCAGGUAUGGGACGCGUCCAGCCCUCUUAGUCAGGUGGCGGUCACUGGCAUCGAGAAAGGCGCUGACAGUGGUCUGCUUGUCAUCUCGCUGGCCUCCAGUCUCGAGGCUGGCAAGAAGUACGUCGUGCACAUUCAGUUCAGCGGACGCCUGGGUGACACCAGAGGGUUCUACAAGUACCACUACACCUCGGCCGACAGGAAGCAGCACCUCUUGGUGACAUUCUUCGAGCCGACGUUCGCCCGUGAGGCGUUCCCGUGCUUCGACGAGCCGGACAUGAAGGCGACUUUUUCCGUGGUGGUGGUCAGGCCCGAGGCAUACCACUCCAUAUCCACUAUGCCCCUGGUUCGCUCCGAGGGCAGAACGGGCGGAUACGUGGCUGAUCACUUUAUGACGAGCAUCAAGAUGUCAACCUACACACUCGCCUUCAUGAUCAGCAACUACACUGCUACUAGAAAUGGAAAGGUGUCCGUCUGGACGCGGCCCGAGGAAGCGGACCAGGCCAGCUACGCUGCUGAGGUAGCACCCCUGAUGAUUGACUACUUUGAGCGGCUCCUGGACGUGCCUUACGUUCUGCCCAAAAUUGACCUGGCGGCGCUUCCGUCGUUCCUGGUGGACGCCAUGGAAAAUUGGGGACUGCUCACGUUCCAUAAGAACAGUCUACUCUUCAGCGACACCAAGGACGCCGCCACACACAAGGUGGUCAUCGCCACGGUUAUCUCGCACGAACUGGCACACCAGUGGUUCGGCAACUUGGUGACCAUGCGAUGGUGGAACGACGUGUGGCUGAACGAGGGUUUCGCGUCCUACAUGCAGUACCUGGGGGUCGACGCCGUCCACCCCGAGUGGAACAUCCUGAACCAGUUCACCGUGGCUGACAUGAUGCCCAUCAUGAAGGCGGAGUACAACACCGAGAGCCAUCCUCUGUCCGUGGACGGAAACUUCUCGACCGAACUGGACAGCCUGUUCGACCGAAUCGUCUACAACAAGGGUCCUUCCAUUGUGCGAAUGAUGUCAUACUUCCUCUCGCCUCCAGUGUUCCUCAAGGGCCUCAGGGCUUACCUUAAGAAGUACAGCUUCGGCAAUGCGGAUCAGGACCAACUCUUCGAAGAGCUCACUAAGGCGCAGCCCGAAGGUGGUCCCCACGGCCGAGUGGACGUCAAGGAAGUGAUGGACACGUGGACGAGGCAGCCGGGCUACCCGGUGGUGGACGUCAUCCGCGACUACGAGACGCGCAGAGCCUCUCUCACUCAGAGGCACCACUGCGUCAGGGCAGACCAGUCGAGAUUAUGGAUCAUUCCCAUUACGUAUACGGACGCUGAACACAAGAAUUUCACGAACACGGAACACGUGAUGUGGAUGAAAACUAAGAAAGCCACGCUGCAGAACCUUCCAGAGAAGAACGAGUGGAUCAUUCUGAACCUGCAAUCGGCUGGCUACUACAAGGUCAACUAUGACGUGGACAACUGGGCUCUUCUUCGCAGACAGCUGCUCAUUGCUCCCGAGGCCAUCCCCGUGCUCAACCGUGCCCAGCUGAUUCAAGAUGCGAACGACCUGGCUCACUCGGGAGACUUGAGCUACGCGGUGGCCAUGGACAUUCUCGACUACGUGCGCCGGGAGACGGCGUACGCGCCGCUCAAAGCGUCGCUCAACGCGGUCGAGGUGCUCGACGCCCGGUUGCGGGCUACCGACUUCUACGCCAAGUGGCAGACUUACAUGAACGGGCUGUUGAAAUUCCACUUCGAUCGGUUGCUCUGGGAAGGCCAAGCAAAUGAAAGCAUGCUGGAAAAGAUGAUCCGAAAAGACGUUGUCUUCUGGUCCUGCCAAUACAACUAUCAACCUUGCAUCGAGAAGUGCGUGCGCAACUUCAAAACCUUCAUGAACAGCCCAGUCCUCUUGAAAGAUGCUCUGAGGCGCGACCUGACUGGCACGUUGGUGACGCUGUGUCACGGCAUUCGGCUGGGCGACAACACUGACUGGCGCUUCCUGGCCGAUCACAUCCGCGACGCCAGCAGCGCGGAAGAGGCCCACGUCAUCGUGAGUGCCCUCGGAUGCACUGGCGAGACCAAGAACCUGCUCAGCUUGCUGUCCUUCUCUAUGCGCAACAUGACGACCCUGAAUAAAAACGUGGAAAACUCUCUGGGGUACUUCUUCGAGAGUGCAUCCUACUCGAACAAGGGCAGCGACCUCACCCUCAAGUUCUUCAUUGAAAACUGGAAGACGCUGCUGGACAAGUAUGGCCAGAGCCCAUCACUAAAGGACACGAUCUGGUUUUCGAUUCAAGGCAUUCGCAAAAGCGAGGACCUGAAACAGAUGGAGCACUUUUUCACGACCAACGUGGAGAGCAAGAAGACGGCCAAGAAGUUGACGCGCACAUUCCAGACGGCGCUUGAAUUGGCCAGGGCCAACAUCAAGUGGGUGCGCAAAAACGCGCGGGUCAUCGAGAACUGGCUCGACGACAGGCUUUCCUACAAGGAGGGAGCCCGACCAGCACCUGGGGCCUGAAGGCUGCUGCCGCGGCAUUGUUGGCCUCGGGCGGAAAGAAUAAAGGCCACGCAUCCGUGAAAAUUACCGGCGCAGCGAAUCAAGUUUCGCCUUUAUGGGACUCAAAGAUUAUACCUGUCUCGGCUCUCCUCCUACUUCCUCAAUCAUGACUCCUUACGAAUGUGCUUUCUUUAUGAAAGCUUGUGUACUUGACGUUUUCGCGAGAAACAAUGGCGUGUGAGUUAACCACGACA